CAAUAACAACUUCUGAUCGAUCAAGUGAACAUUUAGUUAUUGAAGGAUUUAUUACAUUUAUAGCAGAAUUUAUGCUUUAUUUAUUUCCAGUUACAUCAUUUUAUUUAUACACACUCACAUCUCGUACAUUUCGUAAAGAAUUAAUCAAAUAUUUUCGUUCAAUAUUUGGUCAGAAUAAUCGAAUUGUACCAAUAACUCAUGGUACUACUAUUGAUUACCCAUUUCGUACAUGUACUUGA